AUGAUAGGAGGUGAGGGGCUCUGGCUCAAUCGUCCUUCGGGGGAGUUUCUUUGUGCGGCAGGUGUUUGCAGGCGAGGUUAUGACCAUGAGCGAGGUGGUGGCAGAGGUGGGCAUGAAGAUGACAGGAACCAUGGCAGAUAUCUGAACCGUGCUCCAGAUUGGCCUGAUUCGGGGUAUGGGGCGGCCAAUGAUGGUCCAGGGGUCACCCAAAGGGAAGGUUUGAUGACAUACAAACAGUUCAUGCAAGUUCUUGAGGAUGAUAUUUCACCAAGUGAAGCUGAGCAUAGGUACCAAGAAUAUAGAACUGAGUAUAUCACUACUCAGAAACGCGCUUAUUUUGAUCUCCACAAGAAUGAAGAUUGGUUGAAAGACAAGUACCACCCAACUAACUUGUUAUCUGUUAUCGAAAGGAGGAAUGAACGUUGUAAGGUUAUAGCAAAGGAUUUCUUUCUUGAUUUGCAGAAUGGAACUCUGGACCUUGAUGGAAAUUCUGAGGAUGAUAUGGACAGUGACAAGAGAAGAAAGCAUGGCAAAGAUUCCAUAAAAGGAACUGAUUCUCUUUCUGGUGCCCCCAAGGCUCAUCCAGUUAGUUCUGAAUCACGUCGAGUCCAAGCUGACAUUGAGCAGACUCUAUCUCUUGUGCGUAAGCUUGAUGCUGAGAAGGGCAUUGAGGGCAAUGUACUGUCAAGUGGUGAUCAUGACAAGUCAGACGUAGACAAAUCACACAUUGGAUCUAUGGGGCCUAUAAUUAUAAUCAGAGGUUUAACGACUGUCAAAGGCCUGGAAGGCGUUGAGCUCCUAGACACUAUUCUUACCUAUUUAUGGCGUAUUCAUGGUGUUGAUUACUAUGGCACGUCAGAGUCACAUGAGGCCAAGGGCCUUUGUCAUGUGAGAGUAGACAGUAAGACUUCUAGCACAUCUGAUGUCAGUGCUGGUGAUUGGGAGAAGAAGCUGGAUACUUUCUGGCAGGAAAGACUGAAUGGUCAGGACCCACUGGUCAUACUUACCGCCAAGGACAAAAUUGAUGCAGCAGCUGCUGAAGUUUUAGAACCUCUUGUCAGGAAAAUCAGGGAUGAGAAGUAUGGAUGGAAAUAUGGCUGUGGAGCCAAGGGCUGUACAAAGCUUUUUCAUGCUCCUGAGUUUGUUCACAAGCAUUUGAGGCUCAAGCAUCCAGACCUUGUAUUAGAGUCAACGUCAAAAGUUCGAGAGGAUCUUUAUUUCCAAAACUACAUGAAUCCCUUGGGACCAUUUGUUCCUGCACCUCCAGAGAUAGCCAUGCAUAUGCUGAGAGAGCAAGGGCCACCUCCUCCGUUUGAACCAAAUGGCCCACCACAUGGCAACACAGGAAUGCUCGGACCAAUGAUGGGUGGCCCAGCACCGAUUAUAGCUAUGCCUCCAAAUUUCCGCCAUGAUCCUCGCAGUCUGAGAAGUUAUAACGACCUCGAUGCCCCUGAUGAGGAAACGGCCUUCUUACCUACUGCCUUGGUCUCAUUUUCUGUCGGCUUCUCCUCCCUUGGUCCUCUGCAGACUGCUGGCGAGGGCUGUCUCUUGAUCUUGCUCAGAAAUAUACCAUACAGCAGUAAGGAGAAGGCAAAUGUUAGUUACCAUUUCAUGUUACCUGGUCUUACUUCUGUUUCGAGCAAAAUCUAUGUGAUGUUUCGACUAAUCUUCUGUUUAUGGAUUCAGACUGUUGCAGGGCUGUCUCUUGAUCUUGCUCAGAAAUAUAGCAUACAGCAGUUACGAGAUAUGGCAGAUGCGCUGUUUGUUGUUCUCAGAAAAGUUGCUCUUUCCCUGGGAGAAGGUGCACUGGUGAAGAUUGGCACGGAUGUCGUCGAGGCAGCGCCGAUCUUGACAGAUUUUGAGCAUGGCAUGAGACAGAUCGAGGGUGAGCUCUUGAUCCUGCAGGCCUUUAUUGGGCAGGUCCGAGCGCAGAAAGCCGGUGACAAGGCAUUUCACGCAUGGCUGGACCAAGUUAGAGAUGUUGCCCAUGAGGUGGAAGAUAUCAUUGAUGAGUAUGCUUACCUUACAACGCAAGCCGUGGAUACAAGCAGCUUCUUCAAGAGAAAGUUCCAUCAGGUGAAGAACUUUGCAGCAUGGCAGAAGCUACCAGUCCGGAUCAGUCAAGUAGAAGCUCGGAUUCAGAGGCUAUCUGAAAUGAGGAAUCGGUAUGGCAUUUCGGUAGGGGAGCAAGACAGGAGUAGCAAGUUGCAGCAAUCCAAUCAAUUCUCUGUGUCAGAUUCUGCUUACCUAACUGAUGACUCUGAAAUAGUAGGGCAUGCCAAGGAAAUUGGGAGACUGACACAAUGGCUACUUGAGGAGAAACAAGACCGAACUCUAAUAGCGAUCUUUGGUAUGGGAGGUCUAGGUAAAACUACUGUUGCAAGCAGUGUCUACAAGAACCAAAAGAUCAGGAGAACUUUUGAUUGUCAUGCAUGGGUUACUGUAUCUCAGACUUACCAAGUUGAAGAGCUUCUGAGAGAAAUCAUGAAUCAGUUAACAGAGCAGAGAGCAAGUUUGGCAAGUGGCUUCAUGACCAUGAGUCGCAUGAGAUUAGUUGAGAUAAUGCAGAGCUAUUUGCGUGACAAAAAAUAUUUCAUUGUCUUGGAUGAUGUAUGGGAGAAAGAUGCUUGGUUAUUUCUGAACUAUGCAUUUGUCAAAAACAAUUGUGGAAGUAAAGUGCUUAUAACAACCCGGAGAAAAGAUGUGUCUUCUUUGGCAGUUCACAAUUGUGUAAUUGAACUUAAAACUCUUAACUAUGCUGAAUCAUGGGAACUUUUCUGCAAAAAGGCGUUUUUUGCAUUGGAGGGCAGCAUAUGUCCUAAGAAUCUCACAUCUUUGGCGAAGAAAAUUGUUGAUAAGUGUCAAGGAUUGCCAUUGGCUAUCAUAGCCAUCGGAAGUAUUCUAUCAUACCAUGCAUUAGAUGAAUGGGAGUGGGCAUUUUUCUACAACCAACUUAAUUGGCAGUUAGCUAACAAUUCAGAGCUAAGCUGGAUCUCUACUGUCUUGAAUCUAAGCUUGGAUGAUCUCCCAAGUCAUCUGAGGAGCUGCUUUCUAUACUGCAGCCUAUCUCCUGAAGAUCACUGGAUUAAAAGAAAACAGAUAGCCAAGUUAUGGAUUGCGGAAGGUUUUGUGGAAGAGAGAGGGGAUGGGACAACAAUGGAGGAAGUUGCUGAGCAUUACCUUGCAGAGCUAACUCACCGUUCUCUUCUUCAGGUCAUAGAAAGGAAUGCAAGCAGAAGGCCAAGAACAUUUGUUAUGCAUGAUCUUGUGCGGGAAGUAACCUCAAUAACUGCUGAAAAGGAAAAGUUCGCUGUUAUACACGGCCAUGUUGGUACAACCCAAGUUUCCCAUGAUGCACGCCGCUUGUGCAUCCAAAAAAGUGCAGAUUCCCAAAACUAUUUAGCAAAUUCACAUCUCCGAUCAUUCAUUUUGUUUGACAAUCUUGUACCGUCUUCCUGGAUAUAUGAUGUCUCAUCACGUUUCAGACUGCUGAGGGUCUUAGGCCUAAGAUUUACCAAUAUUGAACAAGUGCCGUGCGUGGUCACAGAACUGUAUAACUUGCGUUAUCUGGAUAUGUCGUACACAAAAGUCAAGCAGAUACCGGCAUCAUUCAGAAAACUCGUGCACCUUCAAGUUUUAGAUCUCAGGUUCAGCUAUGUGGAGGAGUUGCCAUUGGAAAUAACUAUGCUAACUAAUUUACGUCAUUUACAUGUUGCUGUAGUUCAUGAUCUUCAAGAAAGAUCACUGAAUUGCUUCAGUGCUACAAAAAUUCCUGGCAAUAUUUGUGGCCUAAAGAAUCUUCAAUCUUUACAUACCGUUUCAGCUAAUAAAGAUCUGGUUUCACAGCUGGGAAAGUUGACUCUUAUGAGAAGCUUGACUAUAAAGAAUGUGCGGCAAAGCUACAUUGCAGAGCUAUGGAACUCCCUGACAAAAAUGCCUAACUUGAGCGUCCUGAUUAUUUCUGUGUCUGAUAUGGAUGAGAUUCUUGACUUGAGAAUGCUGAGGCCCUUACCUAACCUUAAGCUCUUCUGGCUGGCAGGAAAGAUGGAGGGAGGCAUGCUCCCACCGAUAUUCAAUAAGUUUGAGAAGCUAACACAGUUAAAAAUGGACUGGUCUGGUCUGAAUAAGGACCCUAUAAGCUCCUUCUCUUACAUGUUAACUCUAGUUGAUCUGUGGCUGUUCGGGGCAUAUUAUGGGGAACAUUUAUCUUUCUGUGCAGGAUGGUUCCCCAAUCUCAAAUCUCUGCAAAUUGCUGAUAUGGAACAUCUGGCUCAAAUUGAGAUAGAGGAUGGAACAAUGAUGGGUCUACAUCAUCUGGAACUUGUUGGUUUAAGGAAUAUGAGGGUAGUACCUAAGGGUAUCAAGUAUAUUAGAACACUCCGUCAGAUGUUUCUGACUGAUAUGCCAAAGGAGUUGGUUGAAAGCCUGCAAGGAAGUGACAGUCACAUUGUUCAGCAUGUUCCUAACAUCCAUAUUUUUUACUCCACUGAUUCCGAAGCAGUAAAUAACUUCAUAUUUUGGCCUUAUCUUGCCAAGAAGUAUGGCUCUGGUGCAACUAAGUAUGACACAAGAAAAUGA